AUGCAAAAUCUUGACGAAAAUAAAAUUGCUGAAGAAUUGAACGAAAUUCGUGAAUUUAUCAAGGAACACCGAAAAAAGAAGGAAAUAAGCCGUAGAAGAGCAGCGGCAAAAACAAGCAGUUCAUCUUCGUCUGUAAGCAAAGCACCAAAGCCGAAAAAAACACAAGAAAAUAAAAAAAUUUCAAAAAAUGUAUUUGACGAAACUAUUAAGUCUAUCACUGCAAAAGCAAAGUUCGAGAAAGAUAUAGAUGAUGAAAUAGAUAAUAUUAUAAGCAAUGAUAUUGAAGAGGUUGAUACUUCCGACGAUCCAGAGUCUGAUGAAGUAAUAGACCUUGGAGAAGAUGAAGCUGAGUAUAAGCGGAUGCGACUUGAACGUCAACAACGUUCAAAACAAAUUGUGCCUGAGGCAUUACUUAGGCGUGCAAAAGUUCUUAAAAAGCCAAGAUCUGGUAUCUUCAUAUUUCAAUGCACCUCCUGUCGUGAAAAUCAAAAGAAAAGGGAAACAUUUUUAUUCAAAUCCGGACACUCUGAAAUUUCAGUGCUUACUCUUUUGAUAUGCGCAGAAGAUUUAGAUAAAAACAUUAAUUUAGCGAUGCAUUACUCAUCAAAUUGGGGCCAAUCCUCAAAAGAUCACCAAACUUGUGAACAGACUUCGACUUUUAAUAAAGGUUUUUCAAAUUAAUUUACUUCAAGAUUUUAUAUUAAGCUGCUGGAAUUCUUCGUUUUCGCCGUGGAGAGAGUAUUGC